AGCUUGUAGCAAGACAACAGCACCAACCACACGGAGACCACAUUGUCUUCUUCAGGUGCUCUUCCUCCUUUGAGCCACUUCUGCCACCAGGGAUGGAGAUGAAAACCUGGAAGCGCUUCACUGCCUUUCUGUGUUGCGCUGGAUUCCUCCUGGCCCUUUCAAAGGCUCAGGAGAAAGACCCAACAGAGCCCUUGAGAAAAGCUGUGGUGAGAUUUGGACACUUCUUUGUGCUGAAUUGCACAACGAACAACAGCAGCAGCAGUAGCUGUGAUAUUCAGGAGAGGUCAACUGAAAACUAUGAUUUUGAUGACAUCGGCCCCACCUGGAAAGCUUUCACUUUCAUUGUCCUUUACUGGUCACUCCGUGCAUCAUGUGUUGUGACCUGUAAUAAUGAACCCAGAUCUUGGGAAACAAUUGUCACAGUUUACCAACCUCCAGAGGAGAUUGAGCUGGAUCCAGUACCAGAAAUGGAAGUGGGCAAGCAGUAUAAUUUAACAUGCCGAGUUUUUGGGGUAGCCCCCAUCCGGAACCUCACCGUGACCUUGCUGAAAGGGGAAGAGCAACUUCUGGUAAAGACCUAUAAGGAUCAUACUGACCCUGAGGCUGGUGCUGUUGUGGUGAACUAUCACAUGAUAGCUCAGAAAGAUGACUACAGCAAGACAAUCACCUGCCAAACCUCCCUGGAUCUGGGACCAACAGGACCACUCCUGGAAAACACCUCCUACAGCAUGUCAUUGUGGAUUUGGGAAUCCUAUUUGGCUAUCAUUGUAGCUGUUACUGCUGUUGCUGCUUUGCUAGUCUCUGUGCUGGUUGUCUUUCUCAUCUUCAUCGUUAAACGUUAUAUUAAUUAAUGCAAUGGAAAGGGCAACUCAAUGAAUCACGAUAUAUAUAUCAUUUGAGAAGAGUGAUCAAAGUAGAAGUUCCGUUUCACAAACAUCUCCUUUGCAAGGAAUGUGUCAUGACACAAUAAUGAAUCACUUUGUAUACAGAAAGAAUAUUAAAAACUCACAAUAUGAUAUCCAGGGUUCAUCUUGAGUCUGUGGAAAUUGGAACCAAGAAAAUGUAUCCCACUCUAACACUCUUCUUCCUGCUUGAAAUGUCCCCUUACAAGGUACUAAAGCUGCAAUGAUUGGCUGGUGAGUUGGAUUCUCAUCAAUUCAUAGCCUGAAAGACUGCUUAAAUUUGAGGAUUUUUUUGAUAAUUGUAACAUGAGCAAUGAUCAUUUAUAUAUUUUUACAAGGACCAUAUUUCCUAGAAGAUGCACAUGUGAAAGGAAUGCCAACAAUCAUGUAUGAUAAAUUCAUUCUUUUAAUAAACUGACAGAGCAAUAUUAUAUUCAUGUAAAUUCACUUUCCCUUCCCAUAGUAUAUAUAAUAUCACAGAUGAAGUGAAUAAUGCAUUUAUUAGCAAUACAACAACUCUGUAAUUAUAACACUUUGAGAGUAAGCAAUGAAAUACAAAUGUAUACAAAAUUGGGGACAUUUGCUGCAAAAAAAUCCCAGGAAAGUGGAGCAUCAGGACAUAAAUUAGCACAAUGAAAUCAAUGCCCAUUUUGUAUCUAACAAUACUAAUAUUCUAUAUUUCCAGGUAUUCAGAAUAUUUUUUUUCAGUAUCUAGCCACAGAAAUUUAAUUGAACAGGACAAUAGCCCAAACCUGAAUACCUGAAAACUGGUCUUAAGGAGGAAUGAGAAUGUACAGCAAUAAUUUAGUGCAUCAGGGAAUAAGAAUUUAUGACAGCCAAGUAGACCAGAGAUAAGAAGAAAAACAAUAUAUGCCACAAAAAUUAUAACUGUAAGAGUAGCAUCAUAGUACAUAUUAUAAUCUGAAGGGAAAUGAAGAAAGAAAAAAUGUGCAUUAUUUAGUGCAAGCACAGAAGUAUACCCAUCUGAAAAAGUGUGAGAGCUCAAUAUGAUGAUUUCUACCAGAGAUACCUGGGAUUCAUGGUGGCCAUGUGCAGCAAGCUACAUUAAAGAUACAGAGACUCAGCCAGGGAUUCAGGGCAGCAGCCUUUCUUUGACAAAAGAUUUCUGCCCCAGGCUUCACCGGCAACCAUGAAGAAUCAGCACCAUGGAAUAUAACAAACAAGGGCCAUGAGGAAGGAAGACACUGCUUUAGAAAAAUCUUCAAAACAAGCCGAACUAGCAAACAAAUACAAACCUCUCCCAUGUUAUUCUGUUUUUAAAAGUGUACCAAACACCUACGGUGGAUUUUUUUUUUAAAUUGUGAUUUCUUAAUCAUUCCCAACAAAAGCAUGUAUGUG